GAUAGAGGGUGAGUGAUAUCCAAAGUUUCUAUUUUUAUUGUCUUUUCUUGAAACAUUAGCCAUACCCAACAUCAGAGAUUUUCAUCUAUUCAUCUACAUGAGUACUCAGAAACAAACUCAUCUAACCCAACUCCUUCACACGCUUAUGCUUCUGGAGGGUGGUGAAUCAGAAUCAGAAACAAAUUUGAAUAGGGUUGCAGCAGCUUCUAAGCUGCAAUUCAUGACAGGUGAAGAAGAUGAAAGUCUAUUAAAUGAGCUGCAUAACUACCUUGACAAGGUGAAGAAUAUGGUGAAACCAGGUUGCUCAGAACAAGUGCUUAAAGUGGCGUUGCGCUAUAUGUCUUUACUGCUUAACACCCUCUCCUCCAUGUCUUCAACUCCGACACUCCAUGCCUCGCUUUGAAGCUGGACAAUGUCAUUCAUUAUCAUACUUUGUACAUAUAAAUCAAUUACACAAUCAGCUACUUAUCUAGUACUACUCUAUUACUAAUGUAAUGAUCUGUUUGUUGGUCUCUUGAGAAUUGACUGAGAUUUAUUAUUAUAUAACUUCGGGAUUUAAUCAAUGAUUACGAUUAUGAUUGCAUA